AUCUUCUUGUAGCGAACGACGAUGGCAUCAUUUCCAGCUGUCAUUUAUUUGGCUUUGGUGUUUGACGAAAGAACAAAAUAAAUUUUGUGCUCUAUUGUUUUGUGAAAAUUUGUUGGAUUUUUUCAGUAAAAUGGCUACACAACCAAUGAAGAGGAGCAGAAAAGUUAUUUCUCGACGGAACAAAAAGCUUGCAGCUAUGUCGACGGAGUAUGAUCGGCAGAAUAUGUUGGGUGAUGAUGAUGCGGGAACAAGCGGAGUGGUGCACCGUAAUAUCGGUUUAACAUCCCAGUACGAUGAUCCAGAAUACGAUGCAGAAGUGCUUAUGGGAACAUCGUCUCACAACAGCGAUACCGAUUACAUCAGUGAUCGUUCUUCUGAAAGCGAAACCGACGCCGUGGCUGAAGGGUCCACAACUGCUCACAACUGCAACAACCAUAGCGAUAUUGGUGAAUGUUUGCGAACUUGGGCAGUUGUACGUAAUCAGCCACGCUCGUCGGUAAAUGAAAUUUUAGCUAUUUUGGGAAUAUGGACAGAUUUACUUCUUCCGAAGGAUUCUCGCACGCUAUUGAAAACGCCAAAAACCAUCGGGGAAGAGAUACAAUCGAUAGCGGGCGGCGAAUUUUGGUACAAAGGGAUAGAAAAUAAUCUCGUCAAUUAUUUUAAGUCAACUGUUCCAUCAAUCGACGAAUUGUCGAUACAGGUAUCCACCGACGGACUCCCUCUUCAUAGAGGUGGACCUACACAGCUCUGGCCCAUCCUUAUGAAGAUUGUAGAACUGCCCUCAGCCCCAAUUAUGAUGAUCGCAGUGUUUUGUGGACCAGCAAAACCAACCAGUCUGGAAGUAUUUUUAAGACAGUUUGUAGAGGAGGCAAAUGACAUUCAUCGAAGGGGAUUGCGGAUCGGAGAUAAAAUGAUAAAAUUCUCGAUCCAAGCUAUUAUUGCAGAUUCUCCUGCGCGGGCUUUCCUUAAAGCAACAACCUACUUCAAUGGAUAUCACGGUUGUAUGAGGUGUACCUGUGUUGGGGAAUACUAUAAACCUGGAAAAAAAAUUAUUUUCGACUCCGUUGGCGCUCCUCUACGAACGCACCAUGGAUUUAAAUCUAGGGAUUGUCCGGGUCAUCACCAGGAAUGGCGUUCACCCCUGGAAGACCUUGAUAAUUUUGAUAUGGUGGAUAAAUUACCGACUAGUUGUGGGUUGCACUUAUGCGAUGAGGGUGCGACUCGCCGACACUUGUGCGGUCUUAUAGGUGGAUCUGCAGCAAGGCUUGCGACAUGGAUACUGGACGAAGUUGAGUUUUGCGGUCCUGAUGAUUUGGUUUUCUUUGAUGUUCCAGGAAGCAAUAAGGAUGAUGCCGAAAUGAUGCUGGAUGAGGAUGUUGGUGGUCGGACGAGCUUCACUGGAGUGUUCACGGAAGUAUUGAUGAUGAUGCCGAGAGGAUGCGAGAUGAUGAUGCUGAUGUUGACAACUGUACCAGUUUUGCUGGGGCAUUUACGUUGAGGACUGCUCGGCAAAUUCGUUCAGAUUUAAUAAUCACUGGUCUAUUUGCCUGUUUUGCACUUUCAGGAGCUGAUGACGGUGAUGCCGAAAGGACGCGGGGCGAGGAUGCUGAUGAUUGCACGAGCUUCGCUGGGGCAUUCACGUGAAGGACUGGUCGGCAAAUUCGUUCAGAUUUAAUAAUCACUGGUCUAUUUGUCUGUUUUGCACUUUCAGGAGCUGAUGACGGUGAUGCCGAAAGGACGCGGGGCGAGGAUGCUGAUGAUUGCACGAGCUUCGCUGGGGCAUUCACGUGAAGGACUGGUCGGCAAAUUCGUUCAGAUUUAAUAAUCACUGGUCUAUUUGCCUGUUUUGCACUUUCAGGAGCUGAUGACGGUGAUGCCGAAAGGACGCGGGGCGAGGAUGCUGAUGAUUGCACGAGCUUCGCUGGGGCAUUCACGUGAAGGACUGGUCGGCAAAUUCGUUCAGAUUUAAUAAUCACUGGUCUCUUUGCCUGUUUCGCAGUGCAAGGAGCUGAUGACGGUGAUGCCGAAAGGACGCGGGGCGAGGAUGCGAUGGCUGACGAUUGAACCAGGUUCACAGGGGCAUUCACGUGCCAGGAGCCGAUAAUGGAGAUGCCGAAAGGACGCAGGAUGAUUUUUUUGACCAUUGCACGAGCUUCACAGGGGCAUUCACGGAAGGAAUAAUGGUGAUGUAGAUAUGGAUGUCUUUAAUGGUACGAGGGUCGCUGGUACUACCGAUGCCUGCGCUUUUACGCUGAGAUCUGGAAAUGAUGCCAUCGGUGCCGUUAUCGUUUUAUACACGUUGUUUGAAGCCAUUUCGCUAAACGUAUCCUAAAUGAACAUUUUGUUUAUUUAGUGAACCAUUUGAUUUCAAUUUAUCCUAAUUAAUAGGUACCUUUUUAUGUUUUGCAGAAAAUCCGACAGAAAUAAUAAAACAAAUUUUAGAUUUCAGCUUAUGAAGCAUCACCGAACAA